GCUUAAGUUAACGGCUCUCCGUCAAUUUUCACGGUUAGAAUCCCCAAACUUCAAACGCUCCAUUAACGUCCAUUAUCUUUUGAAGCUCCUCUCUCUCUCUCUCUCUCUCUCUCUCUCAGUUACUGUGUGUUUGUGCGUGUAUUUUCACGUUAAAAUACCACCAUUAUUCAACAAAUCGUUUCUCGAAGCUGAUUCCACUCUCUCAGUCGGCAACAUUUGGUGUAGUCAACGGCCGGCGAUUUCAGGUUUCCAGAUUUGAGUGAGUUGAGUUGACUCAGUGAGUUCACCGGGAAAAAAAAACUCGUUACAGUUAACAGCUGGUGAUUAGAGUUAAAUUCAGCAGGAGUGGUGAUUUGAGUGAGUUAGGUAUGGAGAGAAGAGGAAAUGUGGUUCAGAGCUCACCGUCAAACACUCCGAGGUCGAAUGACAGGGCGGGGAGAGAUAUAAGGCCUGCGGAAGGAAGUAUGAAUGGUAAACAUGAUAAAGAAAAAGGAGUGAAUGUUCAAGUCAUUGUGCGGUGCAGACCGUUGAAUGAUGAGGAGAUGAAGGCGCACACACCGGCAGUGGUUACAUGUACUGAGAACAAGAGAGAAGUUUGUGCAAUACAGAAUAUAGCUAACAAACAGAUUGAUAGAUCGUUUGUGUUUGACAAGGUCUUUGGUCCAAACUCACAACAAAGGGACUUGUAUCAUGCGGCUGUCUCUCCCAUAGUUUUUGAAGUUCUUGAAGGAUACAACUGCACUAUAUUUGCUUAUGGCCAAACAGGAACUGGGAAAACCUACACAAUGGAGGGAGGAGGGAGAAAAAAGAAUGGGGAAUUCCCAACUGAUGCAGGUGUUAUUCCCAGAGCUGUACGACAAAUAUUCGAUAUAUUAGAAGCUCAAAAAGCAGAGUACAAUAUGAAGGUCACAUUCUUAGAGCUGUACAACGAGGAGAUAACCGAUCUUUUGGCUCCCGAAGAAUCUUCAAAAUUUCCUGAUGAUAAAUCAAAGAAACCCAUAGCACUUAUGGAGGAUGGAAAGGGUUGUGUUUUUGUAAGAGGCUUGGAAGAAGAGAUGGUUUCCACUGCAGAUGAAAUCUAUAAAAUCUUAGAAAAAGGUUCUGCUAAAAGACGUACUGCAGAAACCCUUUUAAAUAAACAAAGUAGUCGUUCUCACUCGAUAUUUUCUAUCACGAUUCACAUUAAGGAACGUACUCCAGAAGGAGAAGAAGUUAUUAGAUGUGGCAAGCUUAAUCUUGUUGAUCUUGCUGGUUCCGAGAAUAUUUCUAGGUCUGGUGCUAGAGAGGGCAGAGCAAGGGAAGCCGGUGAGAUAAACAAGAGUUUGCUUACACUUGGCAGAGUUAUAAAUACAUUAGUUGAGCACUCAGGGCAUAUACCUUACAGGGAUAGUAAGUUAACGAGGUUGUUGAGAGAUUCUUUAGGAGGGAAAACAAAGACAUGUAUAAUUGCCACAAUCUCUCCCUCUAUUUACUCUUUAGAGGAAACACUUAGUACUUUAGACUAUGCACACCGCGCAAAAAAUAUUAAGAACAAACCAGAGAUUAAUCAGAAAAUGAUGAAAUCUGCAAUGAUGAAAGAUCUGUACUCAGAAAUUGAACGGCUGAAGCAAGAGGUCUAUGCUACUAGAGAGAAGAAUGGAAUCUACAUACCGAAAGACAGAUAUCUACAGGAAGAGGAGGAGAAGAAGGCAAUGGCAGAAAAAAUAGAGCGGAUGGAACUCGAUGUUGAGUCAAGGAGCAAGCAAUUUAUGGAGCUUCAGGAACUUUAUAAUUCUCAGCAGCUGGUGAACGCAAACUUAACCGGGAAGCUUGAGAGGACAGAGAUAAAGCUCCAAGAAACUGAAAACUCAUUGUUGGAUCUUGAAGAAAAGCAUAAACAAGCAAAUAUAACAAUCAAAGAGAAAGAAUUCCUUAUCUUUAAUCUUCUUAAAUCUGAAAAAGCUCUUGUUGAGCGUGCAUUUGACCUUCGAGCUGAGCUGGAGAACGCUUCAUCAGAUGUGUCUAGUCUGUUCACCAAGAUUGAACAUAAGGAUAAAAUAGAAGACGAAAACAGAAUUCUUGUCCAACAGUUUCAAUCUCAGUUAACUAAGCAGCUUGACAUCUUGCAUAAAAGUGUGGCAGCUUCUGUUACCCAACAAGAACAACAAUUAAAAGGCAUGCAGGAAGAUAUGAAAUCUUUCGUAUCUACCAAGGGCCAGGCGACAGACGAGCUCCGACUUGGUCUAGAAAAGUUGAAAACAUUAUAUGGUUCUGGUAUUGAAUCUCUGGAUAAUCUGGCAAAUGAACUUGAUGGAAACUCACGGUCAACACUCGGAUGUCUUAAUUCUCAAGUUUCCCAAAAUUCUUCUGCUCUUGGGGAUCUUUUCAAGGGCAUUGCGUCAGAAGCUGAGGAAUUACUUAAUGAUCUACAAAACAUUCUCCAUAUCCAAGAAAAUAAACUAGCCACAUACGCUCAACAACAACGAGAGGCACAUAGCAGAACUGUUGAAACGUCACGGUCAAUUUCUAAUAUUACAGCAAACUUUUUCGUAACGCUGGACAUGCACGCAACCAAAUUGACACAAAUUAUUGAAGAGGGCCAGACUGUCAAUGAACAAAAGUUAUCCGAACUUGAAAGAAAGUUUGAGGAGUGUGCUGCCAAUGAAGAAAGACAACUGCUAGAGAAAGUCGCAGAACUGCUUGCAGGUUCAAAUGCUAGGAAAAAAGAACUGGUUACAACCGCAGUAAAUGGUCUACGAGAAAGUGCAGCUAGUAAAACCAACAGAUUCCAGCAGGAAAUGGUAACCAUGAAAGAAUCAAGGUGUUCUGUGCGAGCCGAAUGGACAGAUUACACCGAAAAGGCUGAAACCCAUUAUGUUGAAGACACUACUGCAGUUGAAAACGGAAAGAAGAAUCUAGACGAGAUUCUUCAAAAUUGUUUGCAAAAGGUGCAAAUGGGGUCACAACAAUGGAAUAGUGCUCAAGAAUCUUUGCUCAGUUUAGAGAAGAACAAUGUGGCUUCUGUGAACAAAAUAGUUAGCCGAGGACUAGAAGCCAAUCAAAUUUUGCGUUCCCAGUAUUCAGUUGCAGCAUCAUCUACACUGAAAGAUGCAAAUGUUGCAAAUAAUAACCUCCUUUCCUCAAUCGAUCAUGCUUUACAACUUGACCAUGAUGCAUAUCGAAAUCUUGAUUCCAUGAUUGUUCCUUGUUGCGGAGAACUGAGGGAACUGAAAGGUGGACACUAUGAUAAGAUUGUAGAGAUUACAGAUCAUGCCGGAAAAAGCCUACUAAACGACUACACCGUUGAUGAACCAUCAUGUUCCACACCAAGAAAGAGGUCAUUCAAUCUACCAACCACAACCUCUAUUGAAGAGCUUCGGACCCCACCGUUUGACGAGCUGCUCAAAUAUUUCUGGUCGUCUUCAACGCUGCCAAAUGGUGAUGCAAAGCAUCUCGAAGCUGGUGCUCAUUCCAUGAGAGACUCACGACACCCGCUCACUGCUGUUAAUUGAGAACAAAACUAAAAAAAAAACAAAAAACCAAAAUGAUAAUCCAUUUCGGAAACCUGAGAUAGUGUACAUAUAUACAUAUUAUUUACUAAAGAAAAAUAUUCAUUGUUCAUUGGACAAAUUUAUAUAAUAGAUCUAGAUUUUAGGUUUGAAUGUUGAGAGUCCCCCGGAUGUUGUAUUGUUUGUUUCUUUAAUACGGUUUUGGUCUAAA